AAUACAACAUAAUAUAAUGCUCAAUUUAAUAGUCUCACUCAUUUUAAAAAACUCUUUAUGACAUAUUUGUGUACAUAUUUCAUUGCAGUCUUGCCACACAUCAUAUUAACUUCAUCAUAUUAAAAACUAAUAGAAGUCAUUCCAGAGAUCUUGAGGAGAAUAAAAGGAAAAUGACGUUUGAACAAACUGUACUUGCGUUUGUCUUAUUUGACCAGAAUGUUUGAAUUAGAUUGAUUUUAUAUUCAGAACAAUCUCCGUACACAGUGCUUAUGAUGCUGUUUAUGAGUUUCUCUUCACAGAGUAAACCACAAGGUAUAGUGCACCGACUGAAGCUGCUGACAACAAUAAAGAAAAAGAAAAAAAUCAAGGUGAAUAUUUAUAUAAAACAUCUGUCUGAACCUUUUUGAAAUCUGAGGUACAACUGGUAGUUCCUCAACAUAAAUGUCAUUCAAAUUGUGCAAACAGAUGAAUCCUGCAUAGCACAGCUGUGUUGUUCCCUUUUCCCUUUCACAUUUACAAACUCUGUUGUUGUAUUGAUUCAUCUACGAGGAGCAGAAGUACUCUGUUCCCUGUAAUGAUCACACUGAUCAACGGACCCUUGACUGUAAAUAUCAUUUUAUCAUUGUUUCAGAUUCCAGAUUCCACAAAUAAUACUAGAGCAUUUCAACAUUAAGCUUUUAAUUCAUAAUUAUGAAUAAAUGUUUGUGGGAUUUAAAUGGAGUUUAAACGAAAUCCAACUUUUUCUCAUAUUUUAUCAUCUAAGUUCAGACAGGAAAUUCGUGAAUUAAAAUAUCUGGUAUUUAGGAAAAUUUAGGACCAUUUUUUUGUUGAGGCACCUUUCAGACUGAUUCAAAAAUUUUGUCACUAUUCCAGAGUUCAUAUCAAGCUGUAACUAGAUGCAGUUUUAUUAUUUCACCAGGUAAUUAGUGGGUAACCACACUGAAAGUACAAGAUCACUGACAACACUAUUAAGUUCAGGAGUGUGUUUUCAGGAAAACAUCGGCUCAGUAAAAGCGGGACGCUGGGAGAACAGAAGACAGGAGGACAGGGAAGUGGAGUGCCAGGUGGACAUGACAACAGCCAAAUAAAGGCUGUUUUGAGGACUUGAGUAACUGGAUACAACACUAUUGCAACCAGCAAUCCCUACAGCAACCUUCACUGAGACUCGACAGCAAUGAUCUUUGAGAAGGUUGGAUAUAAGCACACUCCACAUCAGGAGCGGUGCCCUCCAUGGAAACAAAGGUUGGAGACAAAUAUUUAGGUGCUAUGCAGCUCCUGUGUCAGAAUCCAAAAUACUAAACCAUAUAAACCCUAUGAUUUGAUGUCUCACAUGGAUCCUGGAACAAUUUAAACUGUUUAACAAUAACUGGUCAGCAAUAACCUUUAUCAGUUCCCUAACAACCUUAGAGGUCCUCUCCAAACCAAUGCAACAGUGGUAUCUACCAAUGAGACUUCCUGUCCCUGUUGGAGGAAAGCAGACAGCUCACAGGGUGGGACAUGAAAAAAGAAAAAAAAAACAUUUUUUUAAGCUGUUUGCCUGAUUUCAGAGGUUUUGACAAUAAACAGAUGCCAUACAUAUUUACGAUGUUAUUAAGCAUUUUUUUCCUAACAACUUUGUGCUUUUUAGUCUUACUUAAGCCAAUGUUUGCUGGACUUGUUUUUUAAUGAACUUUUUUAGUUCCAAGUAACAGCAAAACAGUAACUUGUAAUUUUAGGAUCUUAUCUUGUUGACUGAGCAGGGCUGGUAAUUUUUUGUAAUUAACUUUUUUUGGCUUUUUUAUUCGAGGGGGGGGGCAAAAUUUCAUAAUUUCAUAAACUGUACAUGAGUUAAAACCUUCAAUAUUUGCAAAGUACGUUUUACAAGAUGCAAUGCUCAUUUCCCCUGUUUUAUAGAAAAAUAAAACUAAGUUGUAUUAUUUUGAAAUUUUUGAUCUGUAGUACAGUUAUACAUUAUAAACACAACAAACUAGCCCUCAUAGCUGCAGCCAAGUCCCCGCCCAGAUACAUGACGUCAGAAUUCACGUUGUUUUACGAAAUCUCAAGGGCAAAAUAGAGUAUAAAGAAACAGCGGGAUACCGAAUAUGCCCCAUUAAAAACAAAUUCACAUAAUGCCUUUCGUUUCGACCCCCUAGUUUGUUUUUACGUUUGUUCAGGCAGACAUAGAAAAAGCGCGGCAGGCGGAGGCAGACCCCUUAAAACUCCACGAGCCGCUUUUAAACUAAAGAAGCAGCGCGCGCCUCCUUCAAGUCAUCAUGGCGGACUCCAGCUUCAACCUCACAUCUCUUGCCCGCGCGCUUUCUCAACCGAAUUUGGCCAAUGUGUACGAUCUUAGCCCCCCGAAUCCUCAGCUACGUCCGUGCCGACGGAGGAAGCUGUCCAGCUGCAGCUCGGUGGAGAGAAGCGACUCGGUCACCUCCCCGGGCGUCGGAGAAUCCCGGGUCCUGGUUCUCAACACCGGAGGCACCAUCGGGAUGACGCUGCAUGAUAACGUUCUUGCCCCCAAAGCCAAUACUCUGGUGCAAAGCCUGCGCAAGCUGCCCAUCCUCCACGAUGAGCUGUAUGCCCAGCAAACCUGCCUGUAUGAGUACUAUGGAUCUGAGAACAGCCUGGUCCUACCGAAUUCUCUGCCCCAUCCUGACCUGUUGCAUCAUAGGCUGAGUAAAUCAAAUAAAAGGAUAAUCUACACCAUUAUGGAGUACAGCCCUUUGCUGGAUUCUUCCAACAUGACCACAGACGAUUGGGGAAGAAUAGGAAAAGACAUUGAGAAAAACUACGAACACUACGAUGGAUUUGUGAUCCUUCACGGCACAGACACCAUGGCUUACACAGCCUCUGCCUUGUCCUUCAUGUGCGAGCAUUUGGGCAAGCCGAUUGUUCUCACCGGUUCUCAGGUGCCCAUUUACGAGCUCAAGAAUGACGGCAGAGACAACCUGCUGGGGGCACUACUAAUCGCUGGACAGUUUGUCAUCCCUGAGGUGUGCUUAUACUUCUACAACAAACUUUACAGAGGAAAUCGCGUGACGAAGGUGGAUGCUGGGAGCUUUAAUGCCUUCUCGUCUCCUAAUUUGCCUCCUCUGGCAACUUCUGAAGUGGACAUUUCAAUCAACUGGGACACAGUAUGGAGGGCAAACACCACCGCCAAAUUUCAAGUCAGCACUGAGCUAAACCGGAAUGUGGGUCUGCUAAGACUUUUCCCAGGAAUCACCUCCUCGUCUGUGAGGGCUUUCCUGCAGCCCCCAAUGCAGGGCAUCGUUCUAGAGACCUACGGAAGCGGAAAUGCUCCGGAUAAUCGUCCCGACCUUCUGGCAGAGUUGAAGGCGGCCACUGAUUCUGGCGUCAUCAUCAUUAACUGCACACAGUGUCUGAGGGGGACUGUGUCUGCAUCGUACGCCACCGGAAAGGUCCUGAUGGAAGCAGGGCUAAUAGCAGGUGGAGACAUGACUCCAGAGGCUGCUCUGUCCAAACUCUCCUACGUCCUGGCAAAGAAAAACCUUGGUCUUGAUGCUAAGAAAAAGUUGAUGGCUCAGAAUCUCCGAGGAGAAAUGAACAUUGACCUGGAAGGAGCUAAACUGUGUUUGAGCAACAGCCGCUUCAUCCAGGUCAUUGCUAAGUCCCUCAGCAUCAGCUGUAAGGAGGAGCUGGAAGCGAUCCGAGACGCUCUGACUCCUCCACUGACAUGUGCGGCUGCAAGAAUCGGAGACAUCGAUGCCUUAGAAGCCCUUAAAGAAAUGGGUAGUAAUCUGUGCCUGGGUGACUAUGAUGGCCGUACCCCCCUGCAUGUUGCUGCUUGUGAGGGUCACUUCAAAGUGGUACAGUACCUGCUCAGCCACGGAGCCUCUGUCUAUGUUAAAGAUCGCUAUGGAGACACACCCCUGAGCAACGCCGUGCGCUUCAGACACAAGGAUGUUGUGAAACUGCUGAGGAAGACUGGAGCCCACUUCUCCAGAGACCAGCUGGAGGAGGCAGGAACUGAGCUGUGCAGCCUGGCAGCCAGUGGCGAUCUGGACGGCCUAGAAAUCUGGUGCCUUGCCGGAGCUGACCUGAACAGGCCGGGCUAUGAUGGAAAGAUUGCAGUUGAAGUGGCUGAAGCUGUGAACAAAAAAGAAGUGGUGGCGCUUCUGGUCCAGCUUAUGAGCAAGAAAUCCAUGCCAGUAAUUGCUGAUAUUAAUGAGAUUGAUGAUGAUGAUGAUGAUGAUGAUGAUGAGCCAAACGGUGGAGGGAUUGAGUUCAACGCCAUCCCAACAGGACCGUGAUGUGAAGCGCCGGACGUCCGUCUCCCGUUCUGAAACCUGUUGUGUUGGGUUAUUUUGUGUGGAUACCCAUGUGUGUUGUUUAAGUUGACCAGCUUUUCAGCCUUUUUCUGUACACCUGUUCACUGUUGCAACAUUACUAUUACGGCUUUAUCUUUUAGCUUGUAGCUUUUAUUUUUCUGUAUGCACAAAGAAUGCCGAUAGAGCAUUAAAGGUCAACUUUGAGCGGUUUUAUGGCAAUACUCAGUACCGUGACUGCUGAAAUUGUAUUUUGUGACAUUGUUCGUGUCUUUUUAAAGCUGUGAUGUUUAGACUGACAGGGUGCUUUCCCAGAUCGUAUUUUUGUACUUAUUUUUGUAGUUUUAUUGAAAAUAAGCUUUAAUGAUCUUGGAUGUUACGCUCAAUCACUUCAGUCAAGGAGAAUUUUGGAUCAUAAAGCUGAGGGUUUCACUUCCUGCUGCUCUGCCAGUGCCACAAAAACCUACAGUUGAUACGUGUGACCUAUCCGGCGGUUUUUCUGGUGAGGACUGUCGAGCUGGAAGUGUCACAUAUUUUGCACUUUGAAACGAAGAGGGGAAGUCCAGACUGUUGCGCGAGACAAAUAAAGGUCAUAAAACAGAUUGUGGGUUCAUCUGUCCUACACAAAUGUCAUUUCAUUUUUAAUUGUUUUAUUUUAAAAAACAGGUUUUUCUGUACAUUAAUUUUAAUAAAUUAGGUAGUGCUCAAUGUUGUACAUAAUAAAACACAAAGUUUGUGAUAAAGGUUCAUGUUAACAUGUCAAUCCUGCCACUUUAUUAUGUUACACACCAGCAAAAGUGUUUCAAGGAUGUGAAUCAGAAUUAUUUUUUUGUGUCCACAAUCUGUAGGAAAAACCACAAAUAAAUUAUUAUAAAGAAUUA